CGGCCCGGCCCGGCCCGGCCCCUUCCGCCCUGCUCCGCCAUGGUGGGGAAGGCCAAGCGCCCGCGGCUCCACCGGGCGGCCCCGCGGCCCUGGCCCGCCCGGGAUGCUCCGCCGCUCCCCGAGCCCGGCCCGGUGCCCGGCUGGAGCGCGGCCGGCAAGGACUGGGACUUCUCAUCUUCUGGUGUCUUUUCUGGGCUGAAGAUUGACCCAGACACUCUAGUAAAGAAGCUUGACUUGGACUCCAGAAGCAUCAUUUCCUCCAGAACAGGUUUAGAAGAAAAAACAGUUCUUUCCAAGAAAGAAAAGAUGAAGCUGAGGAAGGAGAGGUGGCUACAGAAAAUAGAGAGCGUGAAGCUCGCCAAGCAGAAGCAAAAAGCCGAAGCCAAGAGGAAAGCAACACCUGUGGUGGGAGACAUGCAGCCACUGAUGGAAGCCCUGCCUGAGCUCUCUGACCUGGCCACAGGUGGCAGGGGCAGGAAGCCACCCAGGAGCCAUGUAAAAGCAAAGGCAGAGCCAGCAGACUUCUGUCUGAUGAAACAAGCUCAGAAACACCGGCUCUUAGAGGAGGAAGUGGCUCGGUUCCAUGAGGUCAUCACCAAUCCCAGGUUCAGAGCCAACCCCCUCAUGGCCAUCACAGAGCAUCUCUCCCAGAGGCUGAGGCAGGAGGAAGAAGGCAAACCCCUCUAGGGUGGCAGCUGGGACCCAGUGUGCCCGCUGGAGCUGGUGCGAAGGAGCACGUCACUGACAUGACCUCUCAGCCACUUCAGUCCUUGGAAGAAGUUCAGCAGAUUAGUAAACCCAACAGUCCUGUUUUCUGUCUGCAUGAAUAAUGCAGUUCUCUCCUGACAAUGGCAGCUGCUCUUUGGCAAGCAGCCUGCAGAGAGCAGGGUGUCCUGCAGGAUGGUUGUGCAGACGCUAAAAUCCCUGCAAAGUAUCUUGACACCUUUUCUCUCUGUGUGAGCAGUGGCAAUGUCUCUGUUUUCUGUCGCUCCCCUCCUCUUUCUGACAACUCUGAAAAGAGAUUCCCUGCUGUUCUGUGGAGGUGGUUCAAGACCCCCAGCCCUGGAGCCCAGAAGGCUGUCAUAGAUCUGUGGAAGGGCCAAUGCUGCUGUUCAGAGACAUUGCUUUAUGUGGGAAAUUUAGCUUUGAAAUAAACACACUUUCACACAGCA